AUGUCGAACGAACUAAACUUACCGCUUUGGAUGAUCAAAACCCAAAAACGCAAGGCAACGGAAGGGAGCACUGAAAAAGACACACAAGCUGCAACAACAAGCAAAGCUCCAGAAACGGAUGGCGAACCAUCGAAACGACGCUUACGCAGUAAUUUCGUGUUUCCAUCGGAGGAGAAGACAGAACCUAUUGUGCAGAAUGAUCUUCCAUUCAUCGAAUACACUGGAGCGAUCGACUAUUGCCAUACCCUGCCGGACAUUGCGUUCAAGAGCAAUAAGUUGUUAAAGCAGCUUUUGAGUGAAUCAACCGACCAGGACAUCCCAAUAGCGUUCGAUUUGGAGUGGCCGAUGGACUUUAAGAAUGGCCCAGGACGUACGGCUUUAAUGCAGCUCUGUGGUAAAACAGAUAGUUGUCUGUUGCUGCAAAUUUGCCGCCUAAAACGAGUACCGGCAGCGCUGACGGAGCUGUUAUAUCACCCGCGGGUGGUACUGCAUGGCGUCAAUAUCAAGAACGAUAUACGGAAGUUGGCACGCGACUUCCCGGAGGUGAACGCCGAUCGGAUGAUAGCACGAUGCGUGGAUCUGGGUCAGUGGUACAACCAACUUAAUGAAUCGACCGGUCGCUGGAGUCUAGCCCGGCUGGUGGAGCAAGUGCUGAAACUACGCAUAAACAAGAACAGAAAUGUACGGACAAGCCAAUGGAAUUUUUUUCCACUGUCGGCCGAUCAGAAACUCUACGCAGCCAUCGAUGUUUAUAUAGGCCAGAAGCUGUACCUUUGUCUAGCAGAAAAGCAAAGUGGAAAAAAUAAUGUUGAAAACAACGUGCUUGAAGAAGAAGACAAGGCAACAGUAGUGCCGAGAAACAUUCCACAGCAGGUUGCAGACGUCGAGAAGUUACCGCUGAAUAUUAACAAUAACGUCUAUAAACAGUAGCCGGCUAAGCUGUAG